CCAACAAAGCAUUUAACUUUUGCAGACAAAACUUAAAAAAUGAUAAUACAGGGGCCACAUUAUGCAUUUUCUACUCAUGCUCUAGCUAAUUGGUUAGAAAUUUCCUAUAUAUAUUUAUUCCCCACAUGCAAGAGCCUGUCUUCUUGUCAAAAAAAAAAACUCACUAUAUGCUCAUUAUAUAUAUAAGCUCUUGUAGCGGAAAUUGCUUUAUUUCAAUGGCCGCAGAGAUUGGAUUAUUAGCUUCUUGUGCUGAUAAUGAAUUCUCUGACCUAACAACAAAAGAAAUUUCAUCAGCAGCUCUUAUUAAUCUUGAAAUGGAGAAUCAUAAAGCUAGCAAUGGCGUUUCCCUUAAUACUCCUGGCUGGUAUGCUGAUGUUUCUUGCGGAUGGCCAGGAGAAGCACAUUUGUACAAGGUGGAAAAGGUCUUGUUUCAUGGCAAAUCGGAAUAUCAAGAUCUUUUUGUAUUUCAGUCAUCAGCACAUGGCAAGAUUGUAAUAUUGAAUGGGGCUCUUCAACUGACAGAAAAAGAUGAGUUUGUCUAUCAAGAAAUGCUCACUCACCUCCCUCUUUGCUCCAUUCCUAACCCUAAAAAGGUAUUACUAAUUGGAGGAGGUGAUGGUGGCAUUCUAAGAGAAAUUUCUCGACAUUCUUCUGUUAAUCAGAUUGAUAUAUGUGAUAUCGACAAAAUGGUGAUAGAUGUAUACAAAAGAUUCUUCCCUGAAAUAGCAAUUGGGUACAAGGACCCACGAGUCAAUCUGCAUAUAGGCAAUGGAAUUGAAUUUUUGAGGAAUGUCCCUCAAAGCACUUAUGAUGUAAUUAUACUGGAUGCAUUUCAAUGCCUUGGGCCUGAAGAAGACGAAGUAGGUGAUAAAUACUUCCUAGAAUCAGUGGUAAAGGCUCUUCGCCCAGGAGGAGUGAUGUCUUGCCAAGCGGACAGCUUGUGGCACGCUCAAUUUUCAGUCGCAGAUUCCAUUGCGAGAUGCCGCCAAGCAUUCAAAGGCUCUGUUAGCUACGCCUGGUGCACAACUCCUCCAUAUGCGAGUGGGAUGAUAGGUUUCAUGCUUUGCUCUACCGAGGGGCCGCCGGUUGACUUCAAACACCCUGUAAAUCCUCUGAAUCCUGAGAAUUAUGGAGUAGCCAAAGGACCUCCUUUGUUCUACAACUCAGAGAUACAUACUGCUGCAUUCUGUCUGCCAUCUUUCGCCAAGAAGAUGUUUGGUUCCAAAAUCUGACAUUACAAAGAAGAGUAAGAUUCAGCUAAUAGCUAGGUUCUUUGUUUUCAUUUACUAUAAAAAUAGUUUCAAAUUCUAAUUAACACAAGGAAUGCAAUCAACCAUACCAAA